AUGUCGGAGAAACUCCCUCUCCCAACUGGUGCCUUUGAUAAAAUUGAAAACUUCAAUUUUCUCAUGUCAAGGCAUGAUCCCGUGUCAAAAGCCAGACAUUAUUCAUUUGAUGCUGAUGCUGGGCUGGUCCCGAUUACCAAAAUGAAUCCUCAAGAUUAUGACCAGACCGAAGGAAUGGGUGGCCUAUCUGUCAGUUCAUACGACAGUAUAGAUGAUGAUCGUGCUUCUCUCGAUCUCCGAGGAUAUCCUUACAGCCACACCGGUGAUAAGAAUAUCGAUUAUUCUAUCUCUGACCACAUGAUGCCUUACUCGGCACACUCCAUCUAUCCUCCUGUCCCUUUUGCUUCUGAUGAUCUCGGUCGUGGAACGGGACAGAUGACUCCUUCAGAUGUCUCAUCAUCCAUCUCCCCACCUAACGGCCAGAUGGGCAACAACAAAUACAGCACCUCCAUACCUGGGGAUCAUCUUUCUGCAGCUUUGGGCCAGGAAGAGGGCGUCCGAAUGGCCGCCGAAGAGGAUCGCCGCCGCCGAAACACGGCUGCUAGUGCUCGUUUCCGCAUGAAGAAGAAGCAGCGCGAGCAGGUUCUCGAGCGCACCGUCCGUGAAACAACAGAGAAGAAUGCCUCCCUCGAGGCUCGUGUCGCCCAAUUGGAGAUGGAGAAUCGAUGGUUGAAGAACCUCCUCACUGAGAAGCACGAAGUCGUCACCACUAGUCGCAUGCCUCCACCACUAAAAGACAGUUCAGCCCUCGAGUCAAAAGGAGUUGCGACUCGCUCCGGUCAAAAAAAUCUGCAGCCCAAGAAGAAGGGCGUCGGGACUGAUGAGUAA